AUGUCGGAAGAAGAAAAGUUGUUAAAGGAAGCGAAGAAAUUGCCAUGGGAAGAUCGGUUGUUACACAAGAAUUGGAAAGUUAGAAGCGAAGCCAAUAUCGACUUGGCUUCUCUUUGUGGCUCGAUUUCCGAUCCUAAAGACUCCAGGCUUCGUGAAUUCGCUCCGUUGUUUAGGAAAACGGUUGCGGAUUCGAAUGCGCCAGUGCAGGAGAAAGCGCUUGACUCUUUGAUUGCGUUUUUGCGAGCUGCGGAUGCUGAUGCCGGAAGGUAUGCGAAAGAAGUGUGUGAUGCGAUUGUGGCGAAGUGUCUUACGGGCAGACCGAAGACUGUGGAGAAAGCGCAGGCGGCGUUUAUGUUGUGGGUGGAAUUGGAAGCUGUGGAUGUUUUCUUGGAUGCAAUGGAGAAAGCAAUUAAGAACAAAGUUGCCAAAGCUGUGGUACCCGCAAUAGAUGUCAUGUUUCAAGCCUUAAGUGAAUUUGGAGCCAAAGUUGUUCCCCCAAAGAGGAUUUUAAAGAUGCUUCCAGAAUUGUUUGACCACCAGGAUCAAAAUGUUCGUGCAUCAUCUAAAGGACUGACUCUCGAGCUUUGUCGGUGGAUCGGAAAGGACCCUGUGAAAUCAAUUCUGUUUGAGAAGAUGCGAGAUACAAUGAAAAAAGAAUUGGAGGCUGAGCUUGUUAAUGUUUCAGGAACAGCUAAGCCAUCCCGCAAGAUUAGAUCUGAGCAAGACAAGGAGCCGGAGCCAGAAAGUGUAUCAGAAGUUGUGGGUCCUGGUCAGUCUGAAGAAGUUGCAGCUGAUGCUCCUCAAGAAAUAGAUGAGUAUGACCUUAUGGACCCGGUUGAUAUUUUGGGUCCUUUGGAGAAGUCUGGAUUUUGGGAUGGAGUGAAAGCUGCCAAAUGGUCAGAAAGAAAAGAGGCUGUUGCACAGCUGACGAAGCUUGCUUCCACAAAGAGGAUAGCACCUGGUGAUUUCUCUGAAGUUUGUCGGACAUUGAAGAAGCUUAUUACAGAUGUGAACAUUGCUGUUGCAGUGGAAGCCAUACAAGCUCUUGGCAACCUUGCGCGUGGUCUACGAACCCAUUUCUCUGGGAGCUCUCGGUUCUUGUUGCCUGUUUUGCUUACACUAAUGCUUUUCACACCUUGUCUACCUGGGUGUGUUGAACUGGUCCACAUGUUUGGAUCUUGUGUGAUGAAUGAGCUAUAUGUCAAAACGGCAGUGAAAAAUAAAGUUCCUCUUGUGCGCUCAUUAACUUUAAACUGGGUGACGUUCUGUAUUGAAACAAGUAAUAAGGCUGUUAUUCUGAAGGUGCAUAAGGAUUAUGUCCCUAUGUGUAUGGAGUGCCUCAAUGAUGGGACUCCUGAUGUGAGGGAUUCUGCCUUUUUAGUGCUAGCAGCAGUAGCUAAGUCGGUUGGCAUGAGGCCUUUGGAGAGGUCACUGGAGAAACUUGAUGAUGUGAGAAGAAAAAAGCUUUCUGAAAUGAUAGCAGGUUCAGGAGAUGGUGUGCCAGCUGUAGCAACCUCAGGUACAUUUCAUACUGUUCGUGGAAGUAUGUCAUCUGUAGAGGCAUCGGGAAGUUCAUUUGUUAAAAAGUCGGCGGCAAGCAUGCUUUCUGGGAAGAGGCCUGCUCCAACAGCUCCUGCUAACAAAAAGGCAGCCCCUACAAAAUCAGGGGCUAGCAAGAAAGGAGAUGGAGCUGGGCGGGCAGAAACUUCUAGAGCACUUGAACCACCUGAGGAUGUUGAGCCAGGAGAGAUGAGUCUUGAAGAAAUUGAAACCCGAUUAGGUUCUCUUAUUCAAGGAGAUGUUGUUUCCCAACUGAAGAGUGCAGUGUGGAAAGAGCGGUUGGAAGCAAUAUCCUCAUUGAAACAACAGGUGGAGGGGUUGCAGAAAAUUGAUCAAUCUGUGGAGAUUUUGAUUCGUUUACUCUGCACUAUUCCUGGCUGGAAUGAGAAAAAUGUUCAGGUUCAGCAGCAGGUCAUUGAAGUCGUUACUUACCUCGCUUCAACUGCAUCAAAAUUUCCAAAGAAAUGCGUGGUGCUCUGCCUUCUAGGUAUAAGUGAGCGGGUAGCAGAUAUUAAAACCCGAGCUCAUGCCAUGAAGUGCCUUACCACUUUCUCUGAAGCAGUAGGUCCAGGAUUUGUAUUUGACCGACUUUACAAAAUUAUGAAAGAGCACAAGAAUCCAAAGGUCCUUAGUGAGGGAAUGCUCUGGAUGGUUUCAGCAGUUGAUGACUUUGGGGUGUCACAUUUGAAGCUUAAGUUGCGUUUUUUAAGGAGAGAUGUGAAUAUUAUCUUGCAGGAUUUAAUUGAUUUCUGUAAAGAUACUGGGCUACAGUCCAGUGUUGCUGCUAGCAGAAAUGCAACUAUCAAACUUUUGGGUGCUUUACAUAAGUUUGUUGGUCCAGAUAUUAAAGGGUUUCUUGCUGAUGUCAAACCUGCACUGCUUAGUGCACUUGAUGCAGAGUAUGAAAAAAAUCCAUUUGAGGGUGGUGCUGCCGUUGCAAAGAGAACAGUUAGGACAUCAGAAUCCACUGCUUCUGUUUCUGCAGGUGGGCUGGAUGGCCUGCCACGUGAAGACAUUAGUGGAAAGAUAACACCUACUCUGAUAAAGAGUUUGGAAAGUCCCGAUUGGAAGGUUCGACUGGAGUCUAUUGAAAUUGUCAAUAAAAUUUUAGAGGAGGCUAAUAAACGCAUUCAACCAGCUGGAACUGGUGAAUUAUUUGGUGCUCUUAGAGGGCGUCUAUAUGACAGCAAUAAAAAUUUAAUCAUGACAGCUUUGACAACCAUUGGUGGUGUUGCUUCUGCUAUGGGACUACCGGUUGAGAAGUCGAGCAAGGGAGUUCUGGCAGAUAUUUUGAAAUGUCUUGGGGAUAAUAAGAAACAUAUGAGGGAAUGCACUUUGAAUACUUUAGAUACUUGGGUUGCUGCUGUUCAUCUUGAUAAAAUGAUUCCUUACAUCACAGCAGCUUUGAUAGAAACUAAGCUUGGUGCUGAAGGCCGCAAGGAUCUUUUUGAUUGGCUGUCAAAGCAACUUUCUGGAUUAAGCGAGUUUUCUGAUGCCAUACAUUUGCUGAAACCAGCCAGCUCUGCUAUGACGGAUAAAUCAGCAGAUGUUAGGAAAGCAGCUGAAGCAUGCAUCUCUGAGAUUUUGAGAGUGUGUGGGCAAGAAAUGAUUGAGAAGAAUCUGAGAGAUAUUAAUGGGCCAGCCUUGGCUCUUGUUCUUGAACGAGUGAGGCCUGCUGGUGGUUUUCAAGGUCUGUCCUUGGGUAACUUGGAUGACUUCUUUGUGUCUGUUUUUGCGUGCAUGCACAUGCCUCCUGUUUUGAGAUUGCUUAUUGAAAUUUGUCAUGGCUUAUCAGAAUCAUUUGAAUCAACAAAAACAAUUUCCAUGGGGCCAUCAUCCAAAACAAACUCAAAGGUUGGAAAAGCUGCUUCCAAUGGCAUCUCUAAGCAUGCAAAUAGAUCUAUAUCUUCGAGAGUCGUACCAGCGAAAGGGUCAAAGCCAGAACCAACUAUGUCUUUUCAGGACAGGGCUGUUCAAUCGCAAGCAUUAUUGAAUGUAAAGGACUCAAACAAGGAGGAUAGGGAGAGAAUGGUAGUCCGAAGGUUUAAGUUUGAAGAGCCACGGAUGGAACAGAUUCAAGAUCUUGAGAGUGACAUGAUGAAGUACUUCAGAGAGGAUCUGAACAGGAGGCUUUUAAGUCCGGAUUUUAAGAAACAAGUUGAUGGGUUGGAAAUGUUACAGAAGGCCCUUCCAUCCAUUGGAAAGGAAAUAAUUGAAGUUCUGGACAUACUUUUGAGGUGGUUUGUUUUGCAGUUAUGUAAAUCUAACACAACAUGCCUGUUGAAGGUGCUGGAAUUCCUCCCUGAACUUUUUGACUUGCUUCGGGAUGAAGCCUACGUUUUGAGUGAAUCAGAAGCAGCUAUAUUUCUUCCAUGCUUGAUCGAAAAGUUGGGGCAUAACAUUGAGAAAGUGCGAGAAAAGAUGCGUGAGCUUACCAAACAAAUCGUGCAUGCAUAUUCAGCAACAAAAUCUUUCCCUUACAUCCUGGAGGGUUUGCGCUCUAAAAACAACCGUACUCGGAUAGAGUGUGCAGAUCUAGUUGGGUUCUUGAUUGAUCAUCAUGGGGCAGAGAUAAGUGGACAGUUAAAAUCCUUGCAAAUUGUUGCAAGCUUGACAGCAGAGCGUGAUGGUGAAACUAGAAAAGCUGCGUUAAAUACACUGGCUACUGGUUACAAGAUUCUUGGUGAGGACAUUUGGAGAUAUCUCGGGAAGCUAACAGAUGCUCAGAAAAGCAUGAUAGAUGAUAGAUUUAAAUGGAAGGUACGAGAGAUGGACAAAAGGAAGGAAGGUCGCCCUGGUGAUGCUAGAGCUGCUUUAAGGCGUUCUGUUAGGGAAAAUGGGUCUGAUAUAGCAGAGCAGAGUGGGGAAGUUUUACAAUCAGUCUCUGGUCCUAUAUUAGCCAGGAAAAACUAUGGUUCUCAGGAGGUUCAUAUGGAGAGACAUGUGAUGCCCCGUGCACUCGCUGGUGCCAAUGGCCCCACGGACUGGAAUGAAGCUCUGGACACCAUUUCUUUUGGUUCCCCAGAGCAGGUUGUGUGGCCAAGAAGUAUUUUCUACUUGCAGUCAGUUGAAGGUAUGAAAGUUGUUUGUCAUGAGUUGGCACAGGCUACAAGCGAUGCAGAAGGUAGUGCGAUGGAUGAACUUGUGAAAGAUGCAGAUAGACUUGUUUCAUGCUUGGCAAACAAGGUAGCAAGGACUUUUGACUUCAGUUUGACUGGAGCAUCAUCACGGUCUUGUAAAUAUGUCCUUAACACACUCAUGCAGACAUUUCAAAAUAAAAUAAUUGCUCAUGCUGUCAAAGAGAGCACUCUUGACAGUCUGAUAACGGAGCUUUUACUUUGGCUUUUGGAUGAAAGGGUCCCACAUAUGGAUGAUGGCAGCCAGCUCCUAAAAGCAUUGAAUGUGCUGAUGCUUAAGAUUCUGGAUAAUGCAGAUCGAACUUCAUCCUUUGUGGUACUGAUUAAUCUGUUGCGACCACUGGAUCCCACAAGGUGGCCUUCACCUGCAUCAACUGAGACCUUCGCUAUCAGGAAUCAGAAAUUCUCUGACCUUGUUGUAAAAUGCCUCAUCAAACUCACAAAGGUUCUUCAAAGCACUAUAUACGAUGUUGAUCUUGACCGUAUCCUUCAGAGUAUCCAUGUUUACCUACAAGAAUUGGGGAUGGAAGAAAUCAGGAGAAGAGCUGGAGCAGAUGACAAGCCUUUGCGUAUGGUGAAAACUGUUCUCCAUGAACUUGUUAAGCUCCGUGGAGCUGCAAUAAAGGGUCACCUGUCUAUGGUUCCUAUUGACAUGAAACCUCAGCCAAUUAUUCUUGCCUACAUUGAUCUUAAUCUUGAGACGUUAGCUGCAGCAAGAAUGUUGACCUCAACAGCCCCUGGGGGCCAAAAUCAUUGGGGUGAUUCUGCAGCCAACAAUUCAUCACCUGCCACACAUUCUGCUGAGGCUCAGUUGAAGAACUUGCUGCCAUAUUCAAGAAAAUUGGUGACAAGCAAACCUGCACCAUUGGUCUAUAUGAGCUCUAUCGCAUCACUCAAUUAUAUCCUAAGGCAAGUUGUUGAUGUUCUGGUGUCUAUUGGUAGAGUGAUGGUUGAUAUAUUUGCUCAACUCCAAAAUGCUAGUGAGGCAUUUCGCACUUACAUCAGAGAUGGUCUAGCUCAGUUUACCAAUGUCGACCCCCCACCAUCAGCUCUAAAUGUUUCUUCCCCUGAUUUGCAACCUCUUUCCCCUGUGCAUACAAACUCCUUAAAUGAUGCAAAACCGUUGCAUGUUAAACCUGAAACAACAAAUUUUCAUCUACCUCCCUCGUAUACUGAAGACCAAAGAAACGAGAAGCUUAUCAGUGGAGUAACCAGUGGGACAUUAGAUGCAAUUAGGGAAAGGAUGAAGAGUAUGCAGUUAGCUUCUGCUGCUGGGAAUCCUGAUUCAGGAAGUAGGCCAUUGAUGUCUAUGAAUGAGAAUAUAAAUAAUGGACUUUCUGGUCAGAAUCCUCGUGCACCAGACUCUUCAGGUAUGGAGAAUCCUGUACAUGGUGGGGUUCUUCCUAUGGAUGAGAAGGCAUUGUCUGGGCUUCAAGCACGGAUGGAGAGACUUAAAAGUGGAUCUCUUGAAUCUCUGUAG